AUGGCCACAUCGUUGCAGCCGCAGGUGAAGAGCGCCGCCGGCGCCAGCUGCGAUCAGGCCUGCGCGGCGCGAGACGGGUGCAGCGACGAGACCUGGCCGCAGUCGGAGGAGGAGUUCCAGGACGCUGCCAGGGCCGCAGGCCAAGUCUGCGAGAGCACGCAGAGUGGCGGCGCCAAGUAUGACCCAAGCACGGAUGGUCACCACUGCGGCUGGCAGGGGCCAGAGGACAUGAACGGAGAGUCCAGGUGCGGUCAGGCAGGUGACUCUGGAACCUACCGUUUCUGCCCCUGCCUCGGGGACAAGGAGCUCUAA